AUGGACCAAAAAUUUGAAUCGCCAAUUUCGGAACCAAGCAGAAUGCUAAAAAACUUGAAAUUGGAAAGACAUGUAUUUGGGACACGGCAAGACUGGGAGCCUGGCGACUACGACGCAGUUGUUGAUGAGUCCGUUCUCAAUAUAAACUUCAAACCAGAUAUUUUCCAAAAACAAGCAUUCUAUUUUCUCUCAAAAAAAGAAUCUGUAUUUGUGUCAGCACACACUAGCUCUGGAAAAACGCUAGUUGCAGAAUAUGCUAUUGGGCUGAGUCUUAAAAGCUCGAAUCGUGUAAUAUAUACAUCGCCUAUUAAAGCCUUAAGCAACCAAAAAUUUUUUGAUUUUAAACAAAGGUUUCCUGAUGUGGGGUUGAUUACGGGGGACGUGCAAGUUAAUCCGAGUGCCAGCUGCCUGAUUAUGACGACAGAAAUUCUCAGAAAUCUAGUAUACAAAAACUCCGAGAUUCUAGCCAACACUGAGUAUGUAGUGUUUGACGAGGUUCACUACAUUAAUGAUGCAGAAAGGGGUGUUGUUUGGGAAGAAUGUAUUAUAAUGCUUCCGCAUCACAUUUCCUUCGUAAUGCUGAGUGCAACCAUUCCAAAUUCAUUGGAGUUUGCAGAGUGGGUAGGAAGAACAAAGAACCGCUGUAUCUACGUUAUUUCAACUAACAAGAGAGCCGUUCCCCUCGAAUUUGCCAUCUAUUGUGACGCGAGUGUCUUUUCAAUCGAUGACCCAAAAUCCAAGAAGGCCGAGAAUCAGCUCUCAAAUUUCCAAACAGCUUUGCCGGUGUUUAACAAGAAUAUAAAAGCAGCAAAUAGAUUCCGAAUCAACGAUCUGGGAAACUUUGUAAAUAACAAGGGUCUUGUCCCUGCCAUUUUCUUCACAUUUUCGAAAAAAGCAUGUGUGGGGUAUGGCAGAUCACUGCAGCUAUUAGAUCUGACAACUCCAGAUGAAAAGGAAUGCAUAUUGAAGUUUUUGGAAAAUGCAAUGGGCAGCCUAAGAGACGAAGAUAGAGAUCUUCCUCAGAUCAGAUCCAUGAGAGACCAAGUAUAUCGUGGCGUUGCAAUUCAUCACGGCGCCCUGCUUCCCUUUGUUAAAGAAUGCGUUGAAAUACUGUUUUCCGAAAAUCUGAUUAAAAUACUGGUUGCAACAGAGACAUUUGCCAUGGGUGUUAAUAUGCCUGCCAAAUGCUGUGCAUUUCUAAGCCUCACAAAAAUUGACAACGGCGUUUUUAGAUAUCUAAAUGCUGGUGAGUUCAUUCAAAUGAGUGGUCGAGCAGGAAGAAGAGGAAUGGACAAAGUUGGGACUGUUUUAAUUGCUGACCAAAGAGUGUCUGACAUUUCUACAAUCAAAAAAGUAAUUAAUGGCAUUCCAGCAGAUCUAAACUCGAAAUUUAGAUUGAGUUUUUCGCUAAUAUUGACAGCUAUUAUGACAAACAUUGAGGUAGAGGAAUUGAUGAAGAGUAGUUUCAAAGAGCAUGGAUCUCAGAGAACGUUAAAAACCGAUAUGGCAAGGCUUGCUGUUCUUGAAUCUACUCCAGAUGUUGAUUGUGAGCAGUGCAGAGAUUAUCUUGAAUAUUUCUCUAAUCUGGAAAUCAUAUCAAGAGAACUACCCUCUGUUCUCAAAAACAUUAUUAAAGUCGGAGAUACAGUUGUUCUUAAAAACAAUGCUGUUGUGACCAUUAAUUCUAUGUCUAAACAUGAAUUUAUGUUUUCAAAUUCAGAUAUUAAUAUAGAUUGUAAAAAUCUGUUCUCAAUACCCUUAACUAGGGAAAUAAUUGAGUCGUCCGAGGCAGCAGGUUCAGACCUUAUCCUGAAAUACCCCAUCUGGUACAGAAACUACAUCAAGAAUGGUGCGGCGACAUUUGACGAUGUUGUAUUUUAUGUUAGAGGCACUGCCUAUUUCUUUUGA